AUGGGUGCGACCCAGCCGUGCGGGCAGUGCUUCCUCGCCCGGGAAAAGGGGCCUGAUGCCCAAGGCCUCCCAGACCUGCUAACGCAGCGCAGGGCCCAGGCGGCGAGCUUGGAGACGAAGGCUGAAACCUUAGCAGAGGAGAGCGAGAGCAUGAAGGCCGAUGAGCAGGCGCAACAGCUCACAACCUCUGCGGAGUCGGGGAAGGCCGCCAAGACCAAGCUGGCAGCGCUCACCGAAGCCUUGAAGCAAGAACAGGCUGCACGGAAAGAGGCCGAAGAACGCCUGAAGUCCAUUGGUGACCAGGUGGAAAUCUUGGAGACGAAGGCUGAAGCCUUAGUGGAGGAGAACAAGAGCCUGAAGGCAGCGAACACUUGCCUCCAGAAGCAGAUCUCCACGCUCACGAAGCAGGCACGUAGACUGGAGCAAGUCCUGCAGCCGGAGCUCGACAAGUGA